GUGGGAUUGAGAGCGAUGCAGUUAUUUAUUGCUGUUUGGGUGUUGCAUUAUAUCAUUGAGCUGCAAUUACGGAAGUGGAGAAAGUUCUGCCAAGGUAGAUCUACUUGUGACUUGUGCAUAUUUUUCCUGUGUGUUACGUCAGAGCUGUUCUGUAAAUUGUACAACACAAGCAGGUGGCCUGCGCUGUAUCCCCGUACAACACAAGCAGGUGGCCUGCGCUGUAUCCCUGUCCUGUGCUGUAUAGCUGUCCCGUGCUGUAUCCCCGUCCCGUGCUGUAUCCCCGUCCUGUGCUGUAUAGCUGUCACGUGCUGUAUCCUCGUCCUGUGCUGUAUAGCUGUCCCGUGCUGUAUCCCCGUCCUGUGCUGUAUGGCUGUCCCGUGCUGUAUCCCCGUCCUGUGCUGUAUAGCUGUCCCGUGCUGUAUCCCCGUCCUGUGCUGUAUAGCUGUCCCGUGCUGUAUCCCCGUCCUGUGCUGUAUGGCUGUCCCGUGCUGUAUCCCCGUCCUGUGCUGUAUAGCUGUCCCGUGCUGUAUCCCCGUCCCUUGCUGUAUAGCUGUCCCGUGCUGUGGCUGUGUUCCCCAGAGCGCUGCAGUUCCCCGGAGAGGGCUGGCUACGUCUGUGUGUGGCCAACUGUAGCCUGAGCCUGGUCACCAUACAGCCGGACGGCCUUGUGGUGCUGGAGAUGAUGGGAGACCACGGCCACGUGCCACCUCAGCAG